CAUUGAGGCAAUUGAAACUGCAUUCUGUGGGAUGAUUGUGCACAAUGAAGAUCAAGAUAUUAAGGAUCUUUUCCAAAAGGUUUUUAAGCCUUUCUGGGUUGCUGUCCCUGUGGAAGCAAGAGAACAACUUCUUCUUGAUUUUGUUGCAUUCAUAUACAAUGAAAACAAUCCCAGAAGAAUAGACAUUGCCUUUGGUUUGCUUGGAAGUUUAGUUGAAAGUUCAUUGGUCCCUUCCAGGUUGGUUUGUGAUGCUAUUCUUAAGACACCUCAUCUCAGUUUCCAGAGAGAACUCAUGUGGUGUAAAACAUUCCAGCUUCUUUUGAAGAUUAUUGGUGGUGUCGAUUACAAGGUAGUCAGAUAUUAUUACUAGUGACUAAAUGCAAACUGAUUUGUUUGUUUUUAGUUGCUCUUUAUUAAAAUCUGUGAAUAAAAGUUGUCCUCCCUUCACAUACAUGUACGGGUGUUAAUAUUGUUACCUAGAUUCACUUUAUAGCAGCCAACAUAUGCCUAAGUUGAACUACUGUUUUGUAAUCCACAUUAAAUAGAAGCAAAUAUGUAACAUAUUUCAAGGGUGUUAUUCAUUUACAUGUGGUCCCACACAAUUGUGAGAAGAACACUAGAUAUUUAAAGUGUGUGAAUCACUUGCCUUUGGCUUGCAAGUGACAGUCUCUUCUUGGUUUCUUCAAAGUGGAUUUAUUUUUUAUUAACACAUUAAACCUG